CGGAUUCUAUGUAUUAAACAAAUGUAAUUUAAAUUUGUUAAUCGUAUUGCGAUUUUAUUUUUGUGAAUGUCAACACCUCCAAACAAUGCUUCUUUCCAAACCAAAACAAAUGCUGCAUUUUCCAUCGAUGCAUUGAGUGACUCCACAAAGAGAAGAGCAAUGAUCCUGUCGCUAAUAUGUUGAGAACUUCACCGCUCAUGUUUCCAUUGACGGUAGAGAGGAAUUAUUCUCCUAUUUCGUGAUUUUGCGAAGUGCCAAACACCGAAAACAUCACGACACGAACCGAAGGGCCGAGUGCAACAUCGAUGGCUGCGUGAGUGCCUCGUGUGUACGCAGUCCGGGAAAUCUGAGUCAUUCAUAUUUCAUUCGUCAGUUUUGUCUGAUCCGUGGUGCAGAAAGGACAUGUGCUGGAUUGUGCUCGAACGCUCGCGACUUCUCAGAAAUAUCGUCCCACGGCAUGUUGAUCGCUUGCUUACCUCCCCAUGCGUGAUUCGUGGUGCCUGCUCGGAAGGUUCCUGUGUAACAUAAAGUAGGUCCUGUUUAUGACAAAUGACCGCAUAGUGAUGUAUAAAUACGUUGUGCAUCUAAUAAACGCAUAAACGUUGAAGUGAUUACGAGCAAAAAACAGCCAACCAGUGCAUAUUUGACAAAGAUAAAAUAAAAAAACCGAAAAAUGUCACCCAAAGUGACAUAGUGAAAUAUUGAAGUGCUAUGUAUCGAAGUGACGCGAAGAAAGUUGAUGAAAAUUGAAAGCGAGCUAAAUUGAUGUUCGAAUCGCAACAGGAAACGGAUACAAUGCUGCUGAUGUUGAACAGUUGGAUCGGACUCCUCCUUGGAAUCCUCUCGAUUUCAGCAUCUCUCGGUCUCAAACUCAAAUCGGUACGAAUACCACCGUACAAGCAUCGCCUCGAGUCAGCCCUUCUCGAAUGUCACUACGAGCUUAACGGUCAACGUAAAGGGCACAGUUCACUAGAUGGCACUAAUCGACGACAUCAUGCCUAUCAGAACGACUAUCUCAGUGAACGGUUCGACGAGGAGGAAAGGCUCUACUCCAUCAAAUGGUACAAAGACAACGAGGAGUUCUAUCGGUACGUGCCGUCUGCUCCGCAACCGAUUAAGAGUUACAAAAUCGAGGGCAUCGCGGUCGAUCCCAACCAUUCGGAUGGUACGAAGGUGUUGCUGCGAAGGUUAACACUUAAAUCUUCCGGCGUCUAUCGAUGUGAGAUCUCGGCGGAAGCGCCCAACUUCGAUUCGGUGCAAGGCGAAGGUCGAAUGGAUGUGAUAAUUCUUCCAAAGGAUGGUCCACACAUAAGCGAAAGUGAGCGAAAAAGUUACCACAACGGGGAAACGAUGGAGUUAAACUGUACGUCUGGUCGCUCAUAUCCGGCUUCAAAUCUCCAAUGGUACCUGAACGAUGUGCUCGUUACAGAUCCUAACAACAUUAUUCACUAUCCUUCGUUUCAAAAUCAACAUGGGUUGAUAACUACCUUUCUUGGCUUGAGUAUAGUCGUCAACAAUCGGCACUACAUCGAUGGUACGAUACGGAUCAAGUGUAUGGCAAGCUUAUCGCCCGUCUUAUGGCGCGGUGGACAGGAGAGCAUCGUCCAGUGGGAGCAACCAACCAUCGACAAUCGUGUUGCCAUGCUUUUGGUGAAAAGUUCCGGUAACGUUCAAAGCUGGAAUAUUUGUAUCGUAUUAGUAAGUUUGUUACUUUACCUACAAAGCACGCUACUCCCACGAGUAGCGUAAAAGAAAGAUUUGUGUUACUGAGCAAAGCAACUGUGUACAUUAAAAUCAUAAUUAGUGAUAACUAGCGCAACUUUAAUUUACUGUAAACUGUAAACCCAUCAGCAACACUCACAGCAAAUCCCUGUUAGAAACGAUUAGUAAAGUGAGGAACUAAAAAAUGGCAAAAUCUUUCACAAGAGCUUAUUGUAACGAAACAUUAAAAAGAAAAACGUUAUACCCUACCGUUUCCGAGGGAUCGUUCUAAAAGUUUUCCCGACAUCCGAAUGCUGUGUUAAACAAUCUAUAUCGAAACAACUUUGUAAAUAACUUGUUUGAAACUUAUGAGUUGACUAUUGUGAAAGUACUGCAAAGUACUACCAAAGCUUAAGGGAUAUCGAAGAUAUGAGCUGAGAAGAGCGUUUGUUUGCACGUAUAGUACGUAGAUCUCGUUUCACACUAUUGUGGUGCAAUCAAAUCAACCGAAAAAAAACCGGCAGCCGUAAGCGGAACAAUAAUCUACAUAAUGUUCAGAUAGAAUACAGUAGAACAAAACAAUUCAAAAUAGUAAGUGGUCGCUGAUGAUGACGGCACAAGUAAUCGCGAAGAAAAUCAAUAUCAGAUUUUCCAUUUUCGCAACAAAUGAAAAAAAAAACUAACAAGAUGAAAUGAAUAAACUUGUUUAUGGAAAAAUAAAGCCAUGUAUAUUGAGUA